CCGCACCCACUUUCCCCCCACUCCCCUCCCAUAGUCCCACCUUCCGGUCUCCCGCCUCACGGGAGGUGCCAGCGGACAGCCGCUUCCGGUCACCCAUGUCCCGCCCCUUCCGCCUCGCCGGUGGCGGCGGCCCCUGCCCGAGUCUCAUCAGGGUCUCGGGGCGGGUUCCCUGGGCAGGACUUCUGAGCUUGUAGAGCCGCGCCCCGGGGUCCGAUGGCGAUGAACUGCAACGCCAAGGACGAGGUGGACGGCGGGCCCCCCUGUGCGCCGGGGGGCGCCGCGAAGACGCGGAGGCCGGACAACACGGCCUUCAAGCAGCAGCGGCUGCCCGCCUGGCAGCCCAUCCUCACGGCGGGCACCGUGCUGCCCACGUUCUUCAUCGUCGGCCUCAUCUUCAUCCCCAUCGGCAUCGGCAUCUUCGUCACCUCCAACAACAUCCGCGAGAUCGAGAUUGAUUACACCGGAACAGAGCCUUCCAGUCCCUGCAAUAAAUGCUUGUCCCCGAAUGUGACAUCUUGCUUUUGCACCAUUAACUUCACACUGGAAAAGGCAUUUGAGGGCAAUGUGUUUAUGUAUUACGGCCUGUCUAAUUUUUAUCAAAAUCAUCGUCGUUAUGUGAAAUCUCGAGAUGAUAGUCAGCUAAAUGGAGAUUCUAGUGCUUUGCUUAAUCCCAGUAAGGAAUGUGAGCCUUAUCGAAGAAAUGAAGACCUACCAAUUGCUCCUUGUGGAGCUAUUGCCAACAGCAUGUUUAAUGAUACACUAGAAUUGUUUCUGGUCUCCAAUGAGUCUGAUCCCACACCUACACCUAUUCCUUUGAAGAGGAAAGGUAUUGCUUGGUGGACAGAUAAACAUGUAAAAUUCAGAAAUCCUUCUGGAGGAGGGACCCUGGAAGAACGAUUUAAAGGAACAACAAAGCCAGUAAACUGGCUUAAACCAGUGUACAUGCUGGAUUCGGACGAAGAGAACAAUGGCUUUAUAAAUGAGGAUUUUAUCGUGUGGAUGCGCACUGCAGCAUUGCCUACUUUCCGAAAGUUGUAUCGUCUUAUAGAACGGUCAAAUGAUUUACACCCAACGUUACCAGCUGGACAGUACUAUUUGAAUAUCACAUACAAUUACCCUGUACAUUCUUUUGAUGGACGGAAACGGAUGAUCUUGAGCACUAUUUCAUGGAUGGGAGGAAAAAAUCCAUUUUUGGGAAUUGCUUACAUCACCGUUGGAUCAAUCUCUUUCCUUCUGGGAGUUGUUCUGCUAGUAAUUAAUCAUAAGUAUAGAAACAGUAGGAACACCGCGGACACCAUGGCAUUUUGAAGUUGGCACAUAAAACUUUUUUUUAAAGAACAGUCUUUGUCUUUUGCUUCUUUGCUAUGGAUGACUUAUAUAUGAUGGCUAUAAAUAUUAGGUAUAUUGAUUGUAUUAACAGUGUAACUGUUAAACUUGCAUUUUAUUGUUCGCUUCUUAUUGGGACAGUCCACGUGAUGCAUAGAGUUUUCAUGUGAAAUGUGUUUACUGCUUAAAUGUUCAUGCUGUGUCUAUUAUAUUGACAUAUGAUGCUGUACAUCUGUGCCCAUUGUGUGAUGAAAGGGAUUAUAAGAUGUAUGAGUACGAUCACUUGCUAACCUUUCAGAUUGAGUCACGAAAGAUGGAGAAAGACCAAAUCUAAUAAAACAUGUCUUCAUUUUCAUGUGUCAUGUGUAAAGGCAUAAAGUACUGUCUUUGUUUAGGUGAUUCACAUAUGGAGUUAGUCUGUUCUAGGUUUUUUGUCAAGCUCAGCUUUGAUUUCAAAGGGCAUGGAAAGUAAUGUUCAUGUCUAAAGAGGGCAGGUAUGUCCUGGACAGAAUUUAAAUUUCCUCUUUUCACUUGUUAAAACAUUGCACUCAAGAGGCCUAGCUCAGUUGGAGUGUGUUUCAUGUGGUCAUUUCCCCUGAAGCUUUUGUUUUGUAAGGGAAAAGAAUAAGGUGAGAUGCAGACUCCUUGGCUGAUCUUCAUCCUCUGCCUCCACUGUAAAGUAGAGGUCUGUGCCCAGAGGAGUCUGUUUUUGUUCUUGUGAUAUUUAAUAUCCAGAGACUGACUUCAGCAUUGAAAAUACCUCAGGCUAUCCUUAUUUGGCAGGUAAGUGUUUUGACUUAAGUACUAACAUAUUUCAGAAAAUUUUGAAACUUUAACUUCCUCUGUAUUUCCUUCAAUUUUUACAUACAGGUCAAAUAUGAAUGUGUGUACACAAUUUCUUUAGUUAAUUUGUUGAUUGUUUUGGUUGGUUUUCCAAGACAUGCUUUAAGAAGAUGUUCCAUAAGUAUCCUAUUUCUGGAGAUUUUGGAAUAUGUACAUGAUUAGUUAUAAUGUAUAUGGUUGAAGUUACUUGCUAACUGGGGUUAUUUUAAUUUUCUUUAUUGAAUAAAUGCUGUAAUUGUUUGCUAUGCAACUUACUCUUGAAAUCAAUGUAAACUUGUUUUGCCACAUAUAUGAAAAUGUAUGUAUUUAGUAGAGGUGACUUAAUUGCAUCUUUUUAAACUAAAAACUCAUGUUUAUAUGGAAGAAUGCCAGUUAUUAAGAGUUUGUGCCGGGUGUAGUGGCGCACACCUGUAAUCUCAGCACUCUGGAGGCUGAGGCAGGAGAAUUGUUGCAAGUUCGAGGCCAGCCCGAAGUGCAUAGCAAGACCCUGUCUCAAACAGACCAAAAAAAAAGGAGUUUGUAACAUUCAGUUAUAUAUGAAAUCAGAAGGUCUGGGUAAUAUAUAAAUUUUGAUUAAUGUAUAUUUUUAAGAAAUAAAACUGUAUAAUGGUUAAUAAUAGAAAUGUGCCACCCUUAUUAAGUUUUGUGUAAUUUAUGAAACUUAGUUAAAAUAACUAGUAAUUUAUAGUGACUUUUAACUCAAAAAUAUUACUUGCAGGAAUAUAAUAGAUGAUUCUCCUAAAAUUUGUGAAUAGAGAGUAUUCUUUAUAUAGAUACAGUCUUUGUUUUGCCAGUUCUUUGGAAAGUUGUUUAUCAGAAAGUUGUCCUUCUUACCCAUGGUGUUUGUUUUCUCAGUACAUCAUCCAGGACGGUGACUUCUUUCCAGAUUGAGUCUGUGCUGUUGAAGGAGGUCUCUAUCCUGCAUCUUUCUCUUUGUCUUGGCCUGCCCCCUCCUUUUUAAACUGGCUGAUCAACUUAAAAGUUGAAAAGCUCUUCCAACCUUUUCACAUUGCUGGAGAAGAUGGAAUCCUAAAAUAUAAUUGGAGUUUAAUCCAUUUUACAAUAUUGAUAGCCUAAGGCCCUCCUCCUGCCAUUUGAACUGUGAGGGUUUCCUUUUGCUAAAUAUGAAGAAAGUUUAUACAAGAUAUUUAUAUGGCGCCUGUGAAGCAUGGGAGAGGUAAAUCAUUUCUUACAGACUUUAUGCUUUGGAAACAUUGACGUCAUACUCAGAUUUCAAAGAAUCUUACUGCAUUUUAAGUCAAUAAGGUUAAGUAGAGGACUUGGAAAAUGCAGUAAUUUGUAGGAAGUAUUUUGAUGGGAAAAGUUUUCUGAUUGAAGAAAUUAUUCAAUAAAUAAAAACUAAGAAAUUUCAUUGAACUCCUAAGUGAUUUACAAAUAAGUAGGAAAAAACUACUACUACCUAAUAGACAAUCACUCAGCCUAAAGAAGAGCCAAAUGAAUAUGGUUUAUUGGAUUAUGACAAUUUAUUUGUAAUCCUGAUUAUAUUGAAAGGUAGCAUUCUGUUUGUAUGUUCUGCAUUAAUAAAAAUGAAAUUUUGCAGUC